GCUUUUGAAAAAUAAAAGUAAAAGCACAAUGGGCCUUUAAACCAUAUUUCCUAAAAAAUCCUUAUACAUGUACAUGACGAAUUUAAUAUAAAAAUGUCUUGUAUUUUUCAGAUUCUGACCUAUCCAAACAACAAACCUACCAAACUUCUCGGUACACAGUAAGACAUUGGUAAAUAGGUGUAUAGCAAAAUAACCGCCGACUUUCGAAUCAAUUCCCGACAACUGUAGGUGGUUAAAAGAACAAACGUUUCCACAUUGUUUUUCAAGGAGCUGACGCAGAACUAUUUCCUAAUUCACCAUGUUGAUUAAAUAAGCAAAACAACUCGAUAUUAAACGAACAAAUGCAGGGCAAGAUUAACACAGUGUCGAAUAUUUCGUGUUUAUUGUCUACCUUUAAACGCAAUUCUAAGAAAUGUGUAAUUGUUGUCGGCUUUCUGGCAAUGUUUGCUAUGGUGUUAAUGAUACAAUAUAUAAAUGAAACCCAGAAAAGACAGAUUUUAAUCUUCAACUCAAGAAAAAUAGCUAGUAUUACAACCGCAAACAAUGGAGUGCUGUCCAGAGUAAACCCAGUAUAUAGAGCACCGACCGAACAGCUAAAGGUCAAGGUCGUUACAAGCUCGUUCGUAUCUAAAAUAACUCCUAAACCAAAUUUAAAACGUCUCAUAAAUGCUACUAAAACCAAAUAUCCAUUAACUGUGAACGCUCCGUACAUGAUGGAAAAUCCGGAACUUUGUACGUCAGUUCGGAAUUUAUCAGUUCUAGUGAUUGUGCACACGGCACCAGAUCAUUUUGAAAGAAGACAAGCUAUGAGGGACACGUGGCUGAACGACACGUACUAUUCGCAUUUGGGCAGUGCGCGCGUCCUCUUCUUGCUAGGACGUGUUAAAAACAAGGAGCUUCAGAUGAAAUUAGAAAUGGAAUAUAAAGCGCAUCGGGAUUUACUUCAAGGUGACUUUAUUGAUGCAUAUAGAAAUUUGACACACAAGGGUGUUAUGGGAUUCAAAUGGAUAUCAGAGAAAUGUAGAAAUGCAAAAUAUAUCCUUAAAGUAGACGAUGAUGUGAUAGUAAAUAUGUUUAAGUUUUUCAUAGAAUAUCUGCCGAAGUAUAAAGGCAAAACAAAACAAAUAUUAUGUAAUCAUAUUUACCCAGGAACAAUGUUAAUCAUUAGAGAACGAAAGAGUAAAUGGUAUGUCGACGAAAGCCAUUUUAAAGGACAGAAGUUCUACCCCAGGUAUUGCAGCGGUUUUAUGGUUAUGUUUACAAAUGACGUCAUACCGGCCAUUUAUAGAUCUGCGUCACUGACGCCAUUUUUUUGGGUUGACGAUGUCUAUUUAUAUGGGCUGGCUCCCGGAAAUGUACCGGGGAUACAUUAUAAUGGUUUAAAGAAAGGGAGCCAUCAGUUAAAUGGCCAAAGUGCAAUUAAAUGCUAUAGAAACGCUUCUCGGGCUUGUGACUUUCUGGUAGCAGGUGCUGGAAAACGUGAAGUUAUGGUGGAGAUUUGGUCAAAUAUGGUCAAUCUUCACCAAAAAUAUCUCAUGGAAAAGAGACUACUGACGACGGAGCAAACAACUUUUCAGUAUGAUACAAGCACAGCUUCUAGUUCAUUUGAAAAUAAUAAAUCUGUGAAACAAAUUUCAGAUGAAAAAGCUAAACUCGAUCUCAUAAUGAAAGGUAAACAACUUAUUGUAGGAAAGCUGGUAAAUAAAUUAGAAACCGGAAACGGAAAUAUAUGAUACUCGGCGUGUAAGUAGGCCUAUAUACAGACGACAAUGUUUCAGAAUGAAUUUAGUGUCUCUUGCAAAACCAUUUUAUUAAUAUCAUUAGCUCAACUUCAGCAUUCUUGUUAAAUUUGUUAAAUACAUAAUAGAAUGUUUUACCGGAAUGAUUUAUUUUAUUUCUCAUCUGCUUGUUACUUAUGUCACGUGUUAUUUAUUUCUUGUCAUGCCAUAUUUAUAUAUUGUUCGUUAGUUGUCCUUACAAGUGAAUACACGUUGUAAUAAAAAUAUUUUGAUUCUAAAAAAAA